UACCGUCCAUUGACUUUCCCCCAUUUUCAACGCUUUCCUGCACUUUCCUACAACGCGCCCCUACCCCAAAUGGCUUGGUUCAGGUCGUCUGCUUCAUUGCUUGGGAGUUUCUAAAUUCUGAUUCCCACUCCUCGUGAGAAAACAAGCAAGAGUUGUUAAUCUGUGAUAUCCAGCCGGCGACGGUGGUGCUCGAAUCCAUGAAUCGUCUCCCUCUGCCUUCCGGUCAUCGCUGAGGCAAGCUUCUCAACCUUUGUUCUUCGAUCCCAGAAGCCCAGAGGAGAACAGUACAGCGCUCUAAUCGGAAUAGUUGACUCGGGAAAUUGGAACAGUGCAUCACUUCAACCAACCAUGUCCUCCGCCGCCGCCGGCCAAGCCUCCUCCUCCUCCUCCUCCCCGGCCUCUCAAUUUCGCUACGACGUCUUUCUGAGCUUCAGAGGAUCCGACACUCGCUACGGCUUCGUCAGCCAUCUCUACAACGCUCUCAAGGAGAAAGGGGUCAGCACUUUCAAGGACGACCAGAAGCUGGAGCGCGGCAAGCUGAUUUCGCCGGAGAUUCUCCGCGUGAUCGAGCUGUCUAGGUUUUCAAUCGUCGUUUUCUCCAAAGAUUACGCUUCCUCUCCAUGGUGCUUGGAAGAACUCCAGAUCAUCAUUCAGUGUAUGGAGCACGAGAACAAGAGCCACACUGUUAUCCCGGUCUUCUACAGCGUAGAUCCAUCGGAUGUCGGCGAGGUCCGGAACAGUUACGCGGCUUCGUUUGCUCAACACGAGAUGGAUUUCCCCGAUGAUGCUGAAAUGCUCCGGAAUUGGAAGGCUGCUCUCAAGAAGGCCGCCGAAUUAAGCGGCUGGGACUCGCGUCAUAAGGAGGAACCAGCUCUUAUUCAGGAGAUUGUGGAAGAUGUAGUGAACAAGUUGGGUCGUCGAUUCUCAAACAAGCCUUCAGGACUGGUAGGAAUUGAGCGACGAAUCAAGGACAUGGAGUUGCUGCUAAGCACAGGUUUGGUUGAUGUUAGAGUGGUUGGAAUUUGGGGGAUGGCAGGAAUUGAGAAACGUGGCCUCGAUCAUCUGCGCAGAAAACUCCUCUCUGCUUUGAUUGCUGAAGAUGGUUUGAGGAUUUUGGACAAGAAUUUGGAUGUACUAAUGAGUGGAAGGCUUCGCAACAAAUGCAUCCUUGUUGUUCUUGAUGAUGUUUCUAAUGUAAAUCAAUUGACAAGCUUAGCAGGAGAUCGCGAUUGGUUCGGACCAGGAAGUAGAAUCAUCAUCACAAGUAAAGAUAAGCACUUGCUGGAGCAACAUGAGGUGGAUUCAGUUUAUGAGGCUAAGCCUUUAAGUGAGUCGGAAUCGCUUCAGCUCUUUUGCCAACAUGCUUUCAAGAAGCGUUCGAGGAUGCAGGAAUUUAUGGGAUUGUCUCGGAGUGUUGUGAACUAUGCUCGUGGCCUUCCUUUAGCUCUGCAAGUUUUGGGAUCUUCUUUGUUCAACAUGGACAGAGGUGACUGGGAGAGCAAGUUGAAGGCCUUGGAAGACUUUCCACCUCAGGACAUAGUCCAGAUCCUGAGACAAAGCUUUGAUGUGCUUGAUAGGUCCGAGAAGAACAUAUUCCUCGAUGUUGCUUGUUUCCUUAAAGGGGAGGAUGAGGAGUAUGUUGUGAGCAUACUAGAAGGUUGUGGUUCCUCUGCACGCUAUGGACUGAAAGUCCUCCUCCGGAAAUCUCUCAUAACUAUCCAAGACAACAAAGUCUGGAUGCAUGAUCUGUUGCAGCAGAUGGCAAGGGAAGUUGUCCGACAGGAGUCUUUGAAUGAGGUUGGAAGGCGCAGCAGGUUGUGGAAUCAUCUGGAUGUGUGCGAUGUACUAGUGCAAAACACGGGUACGAAAGAUGUUGAAAGCAUUGUCCUUGAUCUUUCCAAAGUUAGGGAAAACAUGUCUCUCAAAGGUGGAGCUUUCCACAAGAUGAAUAGGCUCAGAUUGCUUAAAAUCUGUUAUCCUCACCAUUCUGGAGGUUCUGAGUACGUACUCAACAAAGAACCAUCCCUUGACAUGGAUGAAAACAGGGGAAAUGAUGCUCAGCUUUCUGGGAAGUUCAAACCUCUUGUUCGUAAGUUGGAGAGUCUUAGAGUAAUGGACACAACAACAGAAGGCUCUUCUAGGUUGCAUAUGGCAAGUAAGUUGACAGCUCUUUCAAAUGAACUGAGGAGCCUACACUGGCACGGGUAUCCAUUUGAGUCCUUGCCUGCGAACUUUUACCCACGCAACCUCGUGGAAUUCAACCUGUCAUUCAGUAGCUUGAAGAAUUUAUGGAGAGGAAACAAGGUUUUUGAUAAAAUGAAGUACAUGAAAGUCAGCUACUCGCAAAAGCUGACACACUUACCAGAUUUCUCGGGGGGUCAGAACCUUGAGAUACUAAUUCUAGAGAGCUGCGUGAAGCUAAUUGAGGUUCAUCCUUCUGUUGGGUUCUUGAGAAAGCUAGCUUAUUUGAAUCUGAAAGGUUGCAGAAGCUUGCUGUAUUUGCCGCCCACCAUCGGGAUGACAUCUCUGGAGACUCUCGUACUGUCUGGGUGUUCGAAACUAAACAAGUUCCCGGAGUUGGAAGGCGAUAUGGGACGCCUGUCGGAGCUGCUUCUGGAUGGCACGGAUAUAUCAGAGUUACCGGCGUCAAUUCAAAAGCUUACCGGCCUUGUCACCCUUAGCGUCACAGGAUGUAAACGCCUGGAAUUUAUCCCAGAGGGGGUCGGGCAUUGCCGUGGUUUGACGAUUCUCCGCCUUACAGGCUGCGAGAAUCUCCGGCGGGUGCAGUUCGAGUUGAGCUUGUUGGAAAAUCUGGAGGAAUUUCAUGGUGAAGGCACGGCUCUCGAACUGAGCCAUCUGAUAGGUGGUGGUUAUUUGAAGAAGCUGAAGGUUUUUACACUUCGAAGAUCUGGAAAGAGUCCGUUGUCGUUGAUUCAAACCCCUCGGCGGGAUCCUUUCCCAGUCAUGGAACCCUCCGCCAGUGUCGGAAGUCCUCAUUUUAUUCACUACGCUGUCUUCCAGAAGCUUUCUUCACUAACGAGCCUGGAUUUGAGUUACUGCAACUUGCCAAAUCUCUUAUGUGAUCUCACUCAGCUCGCAUGUCUGACGAAGUUGGAUCUAUCUGGAAAUCACUUCACCAGGUUGUUCAAUGGGGCACUCCCCAGAAACCUGCAAGUUCUAAUUGUGUCCAGUUGCAAGAACCUUUAUUCCAUACCUACCCUGCCGCCGGCUACAUACUGCUUGGAAGCAUCCAACUGUCAAUCGUUGGGUUGGAUGGAACCACCGGGGGGCAAUGAGUCGGCGAGAAUGCGGGGUAUUAACCUCAUGAAUUGCUUGGAACUGGGUGCUAACACCGAAGCUCAAGUGGCUGUUGAGUUGAUCAAAACUCACGCACAUCAGACUCCUGCCCACCCUGUAAGCGAGCUGUCCAUAAUCAUUCCAGGAAGCAAAAUCGUGGAAGAGUGGCGUCGUUAUGAGCACAUGCAUUCAAUGACAACGGUCGUAGAGCUUCCCCCGGAGUACCACGACUACCCUCUUAAAGGCGUGGCUCUGUGGGUUACAUUCAAUGUAGAAAGCUUCACCGCCCGGGCCAACCUGAGUCUCGACUUCCAUUUUCGUAGCGGCGGCGAGAACAUCAUCUCCGAAGUAGGGUUUGUGGUGAGUAAAGGUACAGAAGUACGCACGAUGCACAUGUGGCUGCGUUUCGUCCCGGUCCUGCUGUUCAAGUCGAUACGAAAUCGGGACUAUCCGACUCCCGUCGAUCUCGUCAUCGUGACGAACAGCUCCGACUUAUCGGUGAACAGCUGCGGUCUGUAUCCUAUAUGUCAAGACCAACAAGGUAAGUUAUUGGAUGUUAUUCCUAGUAGUACAGGAUUGUAAGCCUUUAUGAUACUUUGGAGGUUGGGGCAGUGGUAGGAGUAAACUUGUGGGAUUUUGGGAGAGGAAUUCGGUUACUGUGAAUGUUUUGAGUCCUGUAAACUCAUCUUUGUUAAGCAAAGGUGAAGAAGGGAGAAGCAAUAAUGUUUGGGCAAUUGGCUUAAUGGCCUUUCCAUUCAGCUACAACAACAAUAUAUACUAGUCAUUUAGCCAGCGCCGGGUAUUCUUAUGUUUUAAGUAGUGGAUGAUUUACAAAUCCAUAGCGCAAUAGAAAAGUAAGACAGUGUAGAGUGUUGAACACACAAAUAUUUAAAAUAAUUAAAGUUUUUGAAG